GUAAUGUAAAGUCGUCUGCUUUGAAAGUGACGUAAGUCGUGAGAAGUUUGAAUUAAGUUUUUGAGAUGGAAUCAACAUCACUUCGAAUCCUUGAGGAUCCUAAAACCGAAGAAAUUCCUGAAGACGAUGAUGAUGAAGGUUUCAUUUCAUUUGCCACUGCAAAAAUACCAACUUACACAAUUCAAUUAGAUGAAAACAUACGUGAAAAAUGUAAAACAGUUAUCCUCUCUGAAGGAUUACAGGCGACAGAGUUUGCUAAGAAUCACCUUCCUCUUGUUAGCCCUGAUCCUAUUGUGAAACUGAUUAAACAAACACAGUUGGAUAAAUCCGAUAUUGAGAUUUGGGGCUUGCAGUACAAGGAGCCUGAGCCGUCCUUGUUUUUCCAAAUAAGUCAGGACAUUUUACUCUGCACUUGUAGUUCAACAAUGUCCUCUGAAGAUUUUUAUCUGUUUGCCCAAACUGUUAUAAAUAGCUUCAAGAGUACCACAACAGUGCUGGUAUUAACAGUAUCUGCCAGCUCAAAUUUCAAAAGUGAUGACCAUCCAACUUUCAUGGAGACACCAUUGAUGAGAACAUUAGCAACUACAAACUACAGUUGCACUGACUUUUUGAAAGGCACCAGACUCGAGCAGCCCAAUAUCUUAGGAGGAGUUGCAGCAGGAAUAUUGACGGUGUGCGAUAUAAAAGAAGUUCCAGCCAUAGCGUGUGUGGUUUUCUCCUCCACUCUUAACCUAGAAGCAGAUAUGGUGGAGGGAUUCACAAAAUUUUUAGGCUCGGUUGAAUCUACCCGUCAACUGCCAAUAAGCCGGACUGGACGUUUCCCAAUUCGUAUUCAGAGCGCAAAGACUGGAAACUUGUACAUCUAAUAUUUUCUAAACCGCAAACCAAAUACAUGAAACGUUUGCUGUAAACUUA